AUGUUGUCUACUCACGAGCUCAUUUUGAAAUUGAAGUCGCCGCUGCCGCACGCUGAUUGGUCACCGCUUUCGCCUUAUCGAUACCAUCGGUGUGCCUUCGAGGACCCGACACAAUUCGCACCCAGCUACCUCAACUACGACACGACCAGUAUGGAUAAAAUGGAUGGCAUGGAAGACGAUGACGUCGCAGCCGCUAUGGGCUUCUCGUCCUUCGGCGGUACCAAGAAGCGGAAGUACGACCAGACGAAUUCCCCCAAGGCGAAAGCCGAUGCGAGCGGAGCCAAUACAACACGAUUAGGUGUAAGAUCAGAGGCCAAGGCAGACAAUUCACAAGGAGCGGUCAUCCAUGCGAGUAGCAACCCCGCAACUGAGUCACUUCAGGCAUCGGUCAGACCCCAGUACAAGCAGAAUCCAAAGCAGCCUGCAGCCAGCGGCCUUGCGGCGUUCUUGUCGAGGGGUCAGGAUCUUCCAGAACGGCCUGCCGCAACAGGAGAAGACCGUGCUGCCGGACCGCCACCGCAAGACAGCUCUAACGCCUCGUGGAUGGUGUCCUUUGGCGGUCCGGCAAUCACUCAGGCCGAGUUGAUCGCUCUCCGGAACGGUGUGCCGGACGAGAAUGGAGACAAAGCUUAUUUCCUUCCAAGCUUUGUUGAGGAUCCCUGGGAGACGCCACUAAGAAGCAAAUGA